CAAUAAAUAUGCUGAGGGACAAGCCACCGGGUACUUUUGUUGUGCGUGACAGCAAUAGCUUUCCGGGUGCGUUCGGCUUGGCGUUGAAAGUAGCUACGCCACCACCCGGCAUACAUCCCGGUAAUUUUUUAUCUUCGUUUUUAUUAAAUACACAUCAAAAAGUAAUUGGAAGGAGUUCAUUCAAGGCACUUCUAUAUGCUCUGAGUUUAGCCACUGUACAUCGUGAUAUUCUAGAUUUAGGAGCUGUGGGCUAAUA